AUGGGAGGUACAUAUAAUGAAGUGACUCCUUCACUUACUCUAGGAAAAAACAAUCUGAAUAUUUCUUCGAAGUCAUCAAGCUCAUCCCAAAACCCGGCAUCAUCCACCAGCAAUUCUGGCCAAACUAACAUAAAAUCCCAAGAAGCUGGUCAAAACUGGCCACCGUCAUUACAAGAAUUUGUUAACACUAGCUUUAUAAGGUCAAGUUUACUAAGUAAUGCUGAUAAGAUUACUUUUAACACUCAGCUACAAUCAUUAAUGGAGAAAGCCUUAUCAACGGGCAAAAUAUGGGAAAAUGAUUGGAAGUCUCAAAAGAUCCCAAUAUUAGAUAAGUCAUGCAAAAAAUUGGAAUUAGAAUGCUUAACUAAGAAGCCAAGGGUUAAAAAUCAAGAACAGACCCCAACAAGUACAGUUUUUCUUCCACCUCCAAAAAGACAGAAAACUAAGAAGAAACAAAUGACAACAGAUACACUUCGCUCGACCUUACCUGCAACACCUAACAUAUCCAACAAAUCGGCAAAUACAGAACUAGCUGGACUAAAAGGAGGUAAAGACUCAGAAUUCAAUUCUGCGGAGAAAAAGAAGCAAAGGAUGGCUAGAUUUGGAGCUGAAUCUCUCACUCCUGAACCUUUUAAAAGAACAAGUGAAACAAGUAGCACCAAGGUAAUCAUAGGCAAAUGUGAAGAUUUAGAAAAGCAUUAUCUAAGGUUGACAUCAGAACCAGAUCCAUAUAGGGUAAGACCUCAGAGAGUGCUAGAGAAAAGCGUAAAAUUUAUUCUAGAUAAGUACAAGAAAGAUUCGCAGACAGGAUAUUCAUAUGUCAAUAAUCAAUUCAAAUCCAUAAGACAAGACUUAACAGUUCAGCAUAUCAAGAAUGAUUUUGCAAUGCAAGUAUACGAAACUCAUGCAAGAAUAGCAAUUGAAAAUAAUGAUUUAGGAGAAUUCAACCAGUGUCAAUCACAACUAAAAUACUUGUACUAUCUUAAGAAAAAAUCUGAUAAAGCAUUAUCAAAUAAUGUAUACACCGUGGAGUUGGAGUUCACAUGCUACAGAAUUAUCUACAUGCUAAUGAUGGGUAACUAUUCAGAAAUUUACAAGCUAAAAUUAGAAUUAUGUUCCAAUACUCCCAAACCAAAAGGGAAAAAGCAAAUCGAAUUAUUAGAUUGUAUUGAAAAGGCCUUUCUUUUGCAAAGUUAUCAAAUAAAUGGUGACUAUCAUAAGUUCUUCAACACUUAUGAUUAUUUCAAAUCUAUUCCGUCAAUGAAGCUAGCAGCACAUUUGAUAAAACAUUUCUUGGUAAGUAAAGAAAGAAUAAAAUCAUUAAACAUAAUCGCUAAGAGUUAUAGGAAAUUGCCUAUUUCUUUCAUGGUGGAGGAAUUGAAACUUACGAACAAGACAGAAGAUGACAUUGAUAAUUGGAAUACUUUUUUAACAAAAUAUAACUUGCUUCAAUUUCUCGUGCUGGAUACUGACUUUGAUUGCUCUGCUUCAAGAGGUGUUUUACAAAAUAUUGUCGUCCAGAAUGGUUUUAGGAAGAUAGACAUUAAGGGUCAAGUUUAA